AUGCCCGCUCAUGUUUCGUUGCGUGCUCGACUAAUCGACCUGAUGGAAAUGGAAGAGUGCAUUUGGUAUAAGGGCGCGCCUGAUUACGGCAGAAGAGAUCGAGUUGAAAGCGCAUGGGAGCGCAUUAUGCAGGAUUUGGAAUGUCUAGGCCACAGAACUAACGUGGCGGAGCUCAAGAAUAUGUGGAAAAACUUGAAAGACACGUAUCGAAGGAAAAACAAUCCAACUACGGGAUCUGCUUCGGGGCCGCAAUGGACGUACUUGCAGGCCAUGCGAUUUCUUGAAAGGAAUCAGCACGAC